AUCCAUACGAGGAAGAUGAUGAUCCAUCUCUUCACUUCGCCUCGUUUGUGGUUUCCGUUCUCGGGAAUUGGGAGACUGCCUACGUGGGUUCGGUGUUGGAUUUGGUGCGGAUGGAUUGAUCGGGGCGCCCUCGUGUGAGAGCUCGGCAUUUGGUAGCGUGAAUCCGGGAAGGAGUGUUGGAGAAGGUGCGUGAGAAAUGGAGGCCGCUGUCAUGCUGGGGUCGAGUGCGGUGUCCAUGGCGACACCGUUAGCCUCUUCAAAGGUGCCAAUUCUUGGGGCGAUUGGAAGGAGGCGGGUUGGGCUUGAGAGCUCCAUGACGGGGACAAUGGUGGUCAUCCCGCAGCGCAGGAGGGAUGUAAUGAGGAUGUGCAUGGGGGAGGUGGGAUUAGCUGGGGAGGUUGUGAAGGUGAAAGCUGAGAGUGAAGCUGCCAAGCCGCCUGUAUUUCCUUUGCUGGAUUUGUUCGAAUUUAUUUGCAGUGGGCCUUUACUGGAGAAGACAAGGUUCACCAAAGAAAAGGUCGCAGAGCGGAUUGACGAGUGGCUAGCGCUAGGAGUCAAGCUUUCACGCCAACUGCGGUUUGAUGAAUUUAAUCUUUCUCACUCAGAGAAAGUUCGUAUCUAUCAUUACUAUGUGCCCGUGUUUUUAUGGUGCAAAGACGAAUUGGAAAUUCAUACUAACAAGUUCAAAUCAGGCGAAGAAGUGCCUCCUUUGGUGAUCGGCAUCAGUGCUCCGCAGGGUUGCGGGAAAACAACGAUUGUCUAUUCCCUAGAGUAUCUGUUCAACUCUUGUGGCAGUCGAGCUGCCUCUAUUUCAAUAGAUGACUUCUACCUUACAGCAGCUGAACAGAAAAAGCUCUCUGAGAGCAAUCCCGGAAACAGACUUCUGGAGUUGCGGGGUAAUGCGGGAAGUCAUGAUUUGAAGCUUGGAACUGAGACAUUAGAGGCUUUGCGGUGCCUCACAACCAGUGGUAAGGAAUUCAACCUCCCACGAUAUGACAAGUCUGCAUUUUCGGGUUCAGGCGACCGAGCAGAUCCAUCAAAAUGGGAAAAGAUUGAGGGUCCAGUGAAGGUAGUGCUGUUUGAAGGUUGGAUGUUGGGGUUUGAACCUCAGAACGAAGCUGAAGUUACUUCCGUUGACCCACAGCUUGCACCUAUCAACAAAAAUUUGGAAGCAUACUAUGAUGCUUGGCACAAAUAUAUUGACUCUUGGAUCGUUAUUCAAGUCGAUGACCCUACCUGGGUAUUCCGCUGGCGUUUACAGGCGGAGAUCGCAAUGAGAAUGGAUGGAAAGCCAGGAAUGACAGACGAGCAGGUGGCUGAUUUUGUCUCAAGAUACGUGCCUGCGUACAAAGCCUACUUACCAGCUCUAUAUGAGCACGGACCCAAGGGUUCGGAAGGGGAGCAUUUGUUGAUGCUCCACAUUGACGAGAACCGCAACCCCAUUGGUUGAUGCAUCUCUAAGCCCUGAUCCUGUAUUCUGUAUGAGUAUUCUAGAGGUCGAAUCGUUUGCAAACAGGGCUUCAGUUGGAAGACUUAUUUCAGCUUAUUUUAAUCGAAAGCAAGUCUGAUCAUUUCAGUCUGUUUUGGCUUCCAUCAGGGAUGCUCAAUGCCAAUUUCAUUGUGAAUGCUUCUCUUCCACAAUGCAUUUGAUCAAAGAAUUAUAUUCUUACUGAAGGUUA